AUGAGUCGGAUCAGCUUAGGAAUAGCCAUUUCCAUCCAUCGAAUAAGGUUCUAUACAGGAGGAAACCAUUUUGUGGUUUACUCAACGCUGUCGCACGUUCCUGCAUGGACGCAUGUGGAUUUCUUGGCUUCCCAACUGCGAAUAAAAAACGCCUACGGAAUCGAAGAGUUGGAUGUCAGGAAUCCGUUACUGAUGCUUACUGUCUGCGACACCGAGUCUCCGAUUACGGUAUUCGAUGACAGUUCCUACUUGGUCGACACGCACAAGGCUGGUCUUGUGUCGAUGUACGAGAAUGAGCUCACCGUGGUGUUCCGCUCCUACCGUUCCGGUGUGCUUUUCUUCUCCGUUGCCGAUCAAGGCGAUAUCCUCAUCGCUCAGGUCAUCCAUGGUACCGUUCACGUCAUGUUCGACUUCGGUAAGUCCGUCUAG